AUGCAGGUCUUCCUACGCAACUCUGGCGGCCUGCGGGCCGUCCAAGCGCAGUCUGAUGACACAGUGGCCUCCCGCGUGGUGUACGGCGGCCGCACGCUGGACCCACACACCACGCUGGCGGCGGCGGGCGUGCCGCCGUGCGCCACGCUCGAGCUGCUGCCGCGCCUGCGCGGCGGCGGCGGCGACGGCGGCGCCACCGGCGCCGAGUCGCGCUCCAGCUACCUAGAGAUGUACAAGAUCAAGCGGCCGGACAGGGUGGACCCCGAGGAGGAGCGGCUGGCGCGGUGGACCAUGUGCCAGCUGUCGGGCAUGCCGCUGCAGCCGCCCUGCUGCGCAGACGAGCUGGGGUCGCUGUUCAACAAGGAUGUGGUGCUGCAGGCGCUGCUCACCAAGUCGAUGCCCAAGUUCCUGGCUCACAUCAGCAGCUUAAAGCACCUGGUGGAGCUGCGGCUGGGCGAGGCGGGCGCCGGCGGCGAGCCGGCGCCGGGCGACGGCACCUCAGCGGGCUCCGUGCGCUUUGCGUGCCCCAUCACCGGCCAGGCCUUCAACGGCAAGACCAAGUUUGUGAUCUUCCGCAAGAGUGGGCACGUGAUCAGCGAGCGGGCACUCAAGGAGGUGCCGGCGGUGGUGGAGGACCUUGUGGGCGGCAAGUGGGAGGCAGCCGACCUGCUGCCGGUCAACCCCAGCGGAGAUGAGCUGCAGACAAUGCGGGAGAACUUGCUGCUGAAGCGGGCAGCGGAGCGAGCGGCCAAGAAAGAGAAGAAGGGCAAAGGCAAGGCAGCGCCGGUUGCCAAUGGCAGCAACGCAGAGCCGGCGGCCAACGGCAGCGGCGGUGUGGGCAGCAAGCGAGCAGCGGAGGGUGGCGGCGCGGCCGCGGCGGCUCCGACCAAUGGCGGUGUCGCCAAGGCUCCCAGCUGCACGGCGGCAAAGAAGUUCAAGGCAGCGGAGCUCAAGCCACAGGGCGCGGACAAUGAGGUGUGGAACAGCCUCUUCACCAGCGGCCAGGCUCCCAACGGCAGAGGCAACAACGACUACAUGACCCGCGGCGCUUCUCGAUACGUGAAUUGA